AUGAUGAGCUUUGUGCAAAAAGUAACUUUGCUCAUUCUUGCCGUGUUUCAACCCUCAGUUAUUUUGGCACAACAAGAAGCUCCAGGAGGAUGUACCCAUCUUGGGCAGGCUUAUGCUGACAGGGAUGUUUGGAAACCAGAACCAUGCCAAAUCUGUGUGUGUGACUCAGGAUCUGUUCUCUGUGAUGACAUCAUCUGUGACGAUCAGGAGCCAGACUGUCCCAACCCAGAGAUUCCCUUUGGAGAGUGCUGUCCAGUUUGUCCACAAACAACAACACAACCUCCAAGAGUAAUGGUCAGCCAAGGCCCCAAAGGAGACCCUGGUUCUCCUGGGGUUCCAGGCAGAAACGGUCCCCCUGGCCCUCCGGGACAGCCAGGAAGUCCUGGAGCUCCUGGCCCGCCUGGAAUCUGCCAGUCAUGUCCCAGUAUAAAUGGAGGUAGUUUUUCUCCACAGUAUGACUCCUAUGAUGUGAAGGCCGGUUCAGUUGGUAUCGGUUACCCACAGCCCAUUACUGGAUUUCCAGGACCCCCUGGCCCCAGUGGCCCCCCUGGCCCACCUGGUCAAGCAGGUCCCCCUGGCACUGCUGGAUAUCAGGGUAACCCCGGAGAACCAGGACAACCCGGCCCUCCUGGACCUCCAGGCCCUUCUGGAAUAACAGGCCCAAUUGGUCCACCAGGAAAAGAUGGAGAACCAGGAAGACCAGGGAGAAAUGGAGACCGUGGAGUCCCUGGAUUACCGGGUCACAAGGGACACCCUGGAAUGCCUGGGAUGCCUGGGGCGAAAGGUCAACGAGGUUUUGAUGGAAAAGAUGGUUCCAAAGGUGACGCUGGAGCUCCUGGUCCGAAGGGUGAAACUGGUCUUCCUGGAGCAAAUGGAUCACCGGGCCAACCGGGACCAAGAGGCCCACCUGGUGAAAGAGGAAGACCUGGGAAUCCUGGUGGUCCUGGUGCCCAUGGCAAAGACGGAUCUCCAGGAGCAGCUGGCCCACCUGGUCCCACAGGUCCCCCUGGAACUGCAGGAUUUCCAGGAUCUCCAGGUUUUAAGGGUGAAACUGGUCCUCCUGGUCCUUCUGGUCCUACUGGUAGUCCUGGAGAGAGAGGAGAACCUGGUCCUCAGGGUCUUGCUGGGCCAGCUGGGCCUCAGGGCCCUCCUGGAAGAGCCGGAAGCCCUGGCAACAAGGGUGAAAUGGGACCUGCUGGUAUUCCUGGUGCUCCUGGUCUUCCAGGAGGCCGCGGUCUUCCUGGUACUCCAGGUACAAGUGGAAACCCUGGAGCAAAAGGCACUCCGGGAGAACCUGGUAAGAAUGGUGCAAAAGGAGAUCCAGGCCCAAAAGGCGAACGUGGUGAAAAUGGCACCCCAGGUGCUCCUGGACCGCCUGGUGAGGAAGGCAAAAGAGGUGCAAAUGGUGAACCUGGCCAGAAUGGCGUACCUGGUACCCCUGGAGAAAGGGGCAACCCCGGUUUCCGUGGCUUACCCGGCACCAAUGGACUUCCAGGUGAAAAGGGUCCUGCAGGUGAACGUGGUAGCCCAGGUCCUCCUGGGCCCAGUGGACCUGCAGGAGAGCGUGGACAAGAUGGAGGCCCAGGUCUUCCCGGAAUGAGAGGUUUGCCCGGAAUUCCAGGAACCCCUGGAGGUGAUGGGAAACCUGGCCCUCCAGGUAAUCAGGGUGAAACUGGCCGCUCUGGUCCACCUGGUCCCCCAGGCCCACGUGGUCAACCAGGUGUAAUGGGUUUCCCUGGUCCUAAGGGCAAUGAGGGUGCACCAGGUAAGAACGGAGAAAGAGGCCCUGGUGGACCACCUGGAACACCUGGUCCUGCUGGGAAGAAUGGUGAUGUUGGCCUCCCAGGUCCUCCUGGACCUACUGGUGCUUCUGGGGAGAGAGGAGAACCAGGACCAGCAGGUCCACCUGGCCUCCAGGGAUUGCCUGGUGGACCAGGACCAGCUGGAGAGAAUGGAAAGCCUGGAGAACCAGGACCAAAAGGUGAUGUUGGAGGACCUGGAUUCCCAGGCCCUAAGGGUGAAAAUGGUAUUCCAGGUGAACGUGGUCCACAGGGUCCUGCAGGACCUCCUGGAACAAGAGGUGGGCCAGGUCCUGCUGGCUCAGAAGGUGCCAAGGGUCCUCCUGGACCCCCUGGUGCUCCUGGAGGCACAGGGCUGCCUGGCUUACAGGGGAUGCCAGGAGAAAGAGGAGCUUCUGGAAGUCCUGGACCAAAAGGGGAUAAGGGUAAUGUAGGUCCCAUCGGUCCUCCUGGUCCUGCCGGCCCACCUGGAGAUAAGGGAGAGACUGGUCCAGCAGGUGCCCCAGGUCCAAUGGGUUCCCGUGGUGGUCCUGGUGAACGAGGAGAACAAGGUCUUCCUGGACCUGCUGGCUUCCCUGGAGCUCCAGGCCAAAAUGGGGAACCUGGUGGGAAAGGAGAGAGAGGCCCACCUGGUCUAAGAGGAGAGGCUGGACCCCCCGGACCUCCAGGUCCACAAGGUGGUCCUGGUGCACCAGGUCUACUUGGUCCCCAAGGACCAAAAGGAGAACGUGGAUCUCCUGGAGGCCCUGGUGCUGCUGGUUUCCCUGGUGCUCGUGGUCUACCUGGUCCCCCUGGUAACACUGGUAGUGCAGGUCCCCCUGGUAACACAGGGCCUGCAGGCAAGGAUGGGCCCCCUGGAGCUCCCGGUAGUGCUGGUUCCCCUGGCAGUCCAGGAUCUCCUGGAGUAAGAGGUGAGCCUGGCCCACCAGGUGAAAGAGGGCUACCAGGCACAUCAGGAGAAAGGGGGCCUAUAGGAGAACGAGGUCUUCCAGGCGCCAGUGGUAUCCGGGGUAACAUAGGUUUGCCAGGUCCGCGUGGCCUAAGCGGUCCAGCCGGUGCACCAGGUAGCAAGGGUGAAGAUGGUAAACCAGGCACCAAUGGUGUCCCAGGAGAACGUGGUUCUCCUGGUCCACAAGGUCCUAUGGGGCAAAGAGGUUUACCUGGAGAGCCUGGAAGAGACGGUAACCCUGGCUCAGAUGGCUUGCCUGGACGUGAUGGAUCCCCAGGAGGCAAGGGUGACCGUGGUGAAAAUGGCUCUCCUGGCCCUCCAGGAGCUCCUGGUCACCCUGGGCCUGCAGGUACCAGCGGUGCACCUGGAAAACCUGGUGAAAGAGGAUUUCAGGGUCCACCUGGCCCUGCCGGUCCUGCUGGUGCUGCUGGUGCUCGAGGUCCUGCCGGUCCUCAAGGUCCUCGUGGUGAUAAAGGUGAAACUGGAGAGAGAGGCAGCACCGGCAUAAAAGGUCAUAGAGGAUUUCCUGGUACCCCUGGUCUCCCUGGUCCUCCUGGUCCCAUAGGUCCACAAGGUGCAAUUGGAGGUCCAGGAGCUUCAGGUGCAAGGGGUCCCCCAGGACCAUCUGGGCCACCUGGAAAAGAUGGUAAAAGUGGCUAUCCAGGUCCUAUUGGUCCUCCUGGACCUCGUGGUAACAGAGGUGAAAGUGGCCCAGCAGGUCCACCAGGCCAGCCUGGUCUUCCUGGUCCUUCUGGUCCUCCUGGUCCAUGUUGCGGUGGUGUGUCUGCCAUUGGUGUUGGUGAAAAAGGUCCAGUGGGCUAUGGGUAUGAAUAUCGAGAUGAGCCAAAAGAAAAUGAUAUCAAUCUGGGUGACAUCAUAUCUUCAAUGAAAUCAAUUAACAACCAGAUUGAAAACAUCAUUAGUCCUGAUGGGUCACGGAAGAACCCAGCUCGUAACUGCAGAGAUCUGAAGUUCUGCCAUCCUGAGCUCAAAAGUGGGGAGUACUGGAUUGAUCCUAACCAAGGCUGCAAGAUGGAUGCUAUUAAAGUAUACUGCAAUAUGGAAACUGGUGAGACAUGCCUCAAUGCUAACCCCAGCACUGUGCCGAAGAAAAACUGGUGGACCAGCGAAAGCAGUGGAAGGAAACACGUUUGGUUUGGAGAAUCUAUGAAUGGAGGCUUCCAGUUCAGCUAUGGAGAUCCUGAGCUUCCAGAGGAUGUCUCAGAAGUUCAGCUAGCUUUCCUCCGCAUCCUUUCCAGCCGUGCCUCUCAGAACAUCACCUACCACUGCAAGAACAGCAUUGCCUACAUGGAUCAAGCCAGUGGAAAUGUUAAAAAAGCUCUGAAAUUGAUGAGCUCUAUGGAAAGUGAGCUCAAGGCUGAAGGAAACAGCAAAUUCACAUAUGCUGUUCUGGAAGAUGGCUGUACUAAACACACCGGUGAAUGGAGUAAAACAGUCUUUGAAUACAGAACGCGCAAGUCAAUGAGGUUGCCUGUGGUUGAUAUUGCGCCCAUAGAUAUUGGUGGUCCUGAUCAGGAAUUUGGCGUGGACAUUGGCCCAGUCUGCUUCUUAUAA